GCUGCUUAAGAAGUCUGAAAUUCGCUAUCAAACAUAUUUGUGUGUAAACAACAUUGGUGAGCGAAUAAUUUAGUGGACAUGGAGGAUUCAGCCAAGAGAAGGAAAACCGAUAGUAGCCCAACCAUGAUUAAAGUGGAGGUGAAGGAAGAAAACACUUUGGGAAAUGACUAUUUGAUGGCCAAAGGAAGACUUCAGGGGGUUCUGAAACAGCUCACUGAACAGUCAGAGUCUGAGAGUGAGGAUUCUGAAGAGGAAAAUAGAAGUUACAAGCAUAGGAAGCAUCAAGAGUUGGCAAGGAAGAAGGCUGAUGUUGCUGUACGAAGCACAUACUUAAUGAAGCUGUAUGAUAGGAGUGUUGAUUUGGCAAGAUUUGAAGAAGACACACCACUGUACCCAAUCUGCAGGGCUUGGAUAGCAAAUAACAACAAGAAAACACAAACUGUCAUCAAGAGAAGAUUAUCAUCUCCUGAACCUCAGGCUUCUUGGAGUGCUUCAGGUGAUAGUGACACUUACCACUUGCCUCCACCAAGCAAACCUUUUGUGAGCAGAGUGCCUUCACCAAUACCAGAACAGAUGGUAAAAACAGAGCCAGUUGAUAAAUCCAACAGUGAGGAGAAACCAGUGAUUUUGAAGCAUCAACUUCUGAAGGAACAUCUGCAAAGGUGGAAUAAAAUAAAGAAGAAAUGGUUCUUGACAGCAGCCAAGAAUGAGGAGAGAUAUGCAAUGAGCAAACACAUUUUGCAAUCGAUAUAUUCAAGGGCUCAGGAAAGUAUCAUGGGUGAAUAAAUCAAACACUUUUUGUUACUGUAUAGAUUUUAUAGUAAGUAAAUAAUAAUAAUAAAGUUUCUAUUCAAGUUA